AUGGCUAGACAAUUCUUCGUUGGUGGCAACUUUAAAAUGAACGGUUCAAAGGACUCGAUUCAAUCGAUUGUCCAGAACCUCAAUUCCGCCUCUCUUCCUUCCAAUGUCCAGGUCGUGAUUGCUCCUCCAGCUCCAUACCUUUUCUGGGCCGCUGAGCACAACAAGCAACCAACCGUGGAGGUGGCUGCCCAGAACUGUUACGACAAGGCUUCGGGUGCCUACACCGGAGAAGUUUCUGCAGUGGCUCUCAAGGACUUGGGCAUCCCAUGGGUGAUUUUGGGUCACUCUGAAAGAAGAAUCAUCUUCAAGGAGUCUGACGAAUUGAUUGCUUCCAAAACUAAAUUUGCGUUGGACUCUGGUCUCAAGGUGAUCUUGUGUAUUGGAGAGACUCUUGAGGAGAAAAAAGCCGGCAAGACCGUGGAGGUGUGUAAGAGACAGCUUCAAGCCGUGCUUGACGUCGUGUCCGACUGGAGCAACAUUGUGAUCGCUUACGAGCCAGUUUGGGCCAUCGGUACGGGUCUGGCUGCCACUGCUGAUGACGCACAGGAAAUCCACAAGGACAUCAGAAACUUCUUGAGCACGGCUAUUGGCUCCCAGGCUGAGUCUGUUAGAAUCUUGUACGGAGGCUCUGUGAGUGGCAAGAACGCUAAAGACUUUAGAGGCAAGGAUGAUGUCGAUGGAUUCUUGGUUGGAGGUGCUUCUCUAAAGCCGGAAUUUGUUGACAUUAUCAAAUCCAGAGAGUAA